AUGAUUAGUGGAGCUGCUGGUGCUUCCUUAGCUCGCUGCACAAGCCGCAUCCGUGCACCAUUAGACCAUUUAAUCAUGUCUCCCUCUGAUCGUGAUCAAAUCACAACUUCAAUAAGCACAAUGGAUGCUGCUAUAGUCACUUGGUAUAUGCCAUUAGCGAAUUUACAGCCAUUACUUCAUAAACGAUAUGAAGCAGAGCAAUUUGGAGAAUUGAUUUCAUCCCCAAUAGGUACAACAACAACAACAACUUCUACUACUAAUAAUAAUACUAAUACUACAUCAUCAUCAUCAUCAUCUGUUGAUGGUGCAACUGCUGCUGCUGCUGCGGAGAAUGCGGAUGGUGGUAAUGUCCCUCUGGGGCUUGUCACCCUCAUUGCUGGUAACAACUAUCCAAAGAAGCAAACACUACUGGAGCGUUGUUUAGAUCCAGCCCCACAUCCUACUAUAAGUCUUCGCAUUGCCGUCAUUGACCGUGUUCACUGGCAGCGCACUGCUUGGUUAGCCCAAUCCAUCUGCCGCAGUCUCUGUUGGGGCCGUCUGCCGCAACGUAUCUUUUCCAUCAAUCUCGAUUGGCGUAGUGAUGUCUCCAUUGAGUCGCGGUUCGACUGGGAGAAUGGCCGCUACGCGGAGGAUGGGUACACACUGCGGGUGCCCGCCCUCAACUUUUGUCUUUCCCUGCGGGACACCGGCGGGUCUCCGUUGGACCGACGGCGGCCGGCGGUGGCGGGGUUUCGCGAUAAUGAGAGCGCCCUGCACCGACUGGCUCUGGCGCGCGAGGUGAACAUGGCGGGGCUCGGCGGGGCGGUCUAUCGCCAGCCGCUGUGGUCCACCCCGUCGCUGCCCAACACCGCGGAGGUGAAGGUGUUUGAGCCGGGCGAACUCUUCACGCGCUGUUUUGGUGUAAAUCCACCGGUGGAAACCCCCGUCGCGGCGUGGCUGCUGCAGAAUGUGGAGGAAACACUUCUCUACGCCGUGGAGGGGGAAGUGGAGGAUGAGAAUGAACCAAACAGCGCGACAACAUACGGUGAUCGCUCCCUGACUGAGCGUGUACAGAAGAAGGCGAUGAAUCGAUACAAUGGGUUUCGUGAUGAGGUGCGGGGGAAAGUGUAUGCCGACAUUGAUGGCAAAGAACUCCCACGAUAA